AUGCUAUUUCCGAAACUAGGAGUCAUUGUGCUCCGGAAUCUUCCAAAACUCAAACAGUUCUGUACUGGUUGUCUUCUUGAGUGUCCACUGUUAAAAGAAUUGACAAUAUCUAUCUGUUCUGGAUUGGAGACAUUCAUCUCUGAAUGUGGAAGCUUGAAGGAGAAACGCCACAGUGCCAUACAACCUCUCUUUAACGAAAUGAGACUAGAGGUGCUGCAGAUUGAGAAUUGCAAUUUGUUAGAAGAGAUAUUGGAACUUGAAGGACCGAGUGUUGAAGGAAGUAAUUAUGCUUCUUGGGUCUUUCAGUUGAGAGACUUGACCUUAAGAGGUCUACCCAAAUUGAAGCAUAUAUGGAAUAAUAAUCCUCCAGGAACACUCAGCUUCCAGGAUAUACGUGCAGUGAAUCUUUGGCGAUGUGAUGAUUUGAAGAAUAUCUUUCUAUUCUCUAUUGCUAGAAACCUUCCUCAACUUGAAAAGCUUGGGAUAACGAACUGUGGGGUGGAGGCAAUUGUUGCCAAGUCAGAAGAUGAUGAAACAGCCCCUCUGUUUGAGUUUCCUCAGUUAACUUUAUUGAAACUUAACAGUCUAGGAAAAUUGAGGAACUUCUAUCCAGGGAAACAUACUUUGGAAUGUCCAAUAUUAAAAAGGUUGGCGGUGUCUGGCUGCCGCAGUGUAAAGUUAUUCGGUUUAGAAUUUCUUAAUUUCCAAGAAAUUCAAGUGGAAGCCCAACAUGAUAACCCAAUUCAGCAAUCCCUCUUUUUUGUUGAAAAGGUGAUCCCCAACUUGGAGGAAUUUUCAUUACGUGGUCCAUACACCAAUAAUGCUUCAAUAAUGUGGCACUGCCAACUUCCUGCAGACUUCUAUUCUGAAUUGAAAGUUCUAGAGCUGCACAGUUUUAAGAGAAAAUCAGAUCGUAUUCCAUUUGGUUUCCUACAAAGACUGCGUAAUCUGGAAACACUCACUGUCCAAUCCAGUUCUUUCAAGAGGCUAUUCUUGAAUGAAGGAAUUGUUGAGGAGGAACAUAAAUGGAAGCCUGCAGAGUUCAGAAAUUUAAUACUAGAUUCAGUUUAUGACAUGAGACAUUUAUGGGAGCAAGACCACCGACUGGCUCCACUUCUUCACAAUCUCAAGUCUCUAAAAGUAAACAACUGUCACAGCUUGGUCAAUUUAGCACCAUCCUCUGCCUCUUUCCAGAGUUUAUUAACUUUAGAUAUGAAGUUUUGCAAUGGAUUAUCAAUCUUAAUAACAUCCUCAACAGCCAAAAAUCUCGCACAACUGGUCAAUUUGACGAUAGGUGAUUGCAAAAUGAUCACAGAAAUAGUGGGGAAACAGGGGGAUGAAGCAGAAGAUGAGAUUGUUUUCAGCAAAAUGGAAUGUUUGCAACUAACUAAUUUAAAAAGCCUCACAAGCUUCUGCCCUGGAAAUGACACCUUCAAAUUCCCUUUAUUGACAGAAGUGUCUGGGCAACGAUGCCCCAACAUGAAGAUUUUCUGUCCAGGACUGUUAAGCACGCCAAAGCUACAGGGAGUACGGGGUCCUAGGAAUAAAAAGUGGUGGCAGGGUAACCUUAAUGCUACUAUACAACAAUUGUACACAGAAAUGAUUGGAUUCAAUGGUGAAUGGAGGUUGCAGCUCUCUGAUUUUCCCCGUUUGAGAGAGAUGUGGCAUGACCGAAUGCCCUUCAACUCCUUUAGUGGUUUAUAUGAGCUCAUAGUGGAUGAAUGUGCAUUUGUCUCCAACGCCAUACCAUCAAAUCUGCUUAAGUUGAUGAAGAAUUUGGACAGUAUUACUGUGAAAAAAUGUGAUUCUCUUGAAGGAGUUUUUGAUUUGAUAGGACUGAAUGCUGCAGAAGAGCACCUUAAGCUGUUGUCCAGAUUACGGGAAUUGCGCUUGAUUGAUCUACCGAGACUGAUGCAUUUAUGGAACAUGGAUCCUCAACGAAUUUUGGACUUGAAAAACCUUCGAUUUCUGCAAAUCCAAAAUUGUACUGCUAUUCUGGAAAUUCCAUCCUUGGAAAGGAUUAGCAUAGAUAAUUGUCCAAAUAUGAAGGCAUUUGUCUCCUCAUUUCUAAAGGAACAAGAGCCACAUUUCAAUCAAAAGUCCUGCAUGAAGACACGGAUUGUUGUGCAGUUAAAACAAUUAGAGCUGUCUAAACUGCCGAAACUCGUACAUCUGUCGAAGAAAGAUCCAGUCUUUUCAGAUUUUUCAAAAGCUGGAAACUCUAAAAGUGCUGGAAUGUGGUGUAGUGAAAAUUUUAAUGUCGUCCGCAAUAUCUUUCCAAUGUAUACAGAUUCUGGAAGUGUCAAAUUGUCAUAG